GGCUCUGGGUACUUCCCUUCACAGGAUGGUGUAGGGCUCCACACUCUUUGUACACACAUAGAAUUUCUUGACACAGCACUUCUUCCAUUGUAUCAUGCUGUCUUUCUGCAGAAUUUCAUCAUGUUUCCAGCCUUGCGCACCCUUAUAGAGUGAACUGAACCCAGGGAUCCCACAUCAGGCCCAGUGAAGGACCAGUGCAGCAGUCUAGCCUGACUCCUACAAUUAAUCUCCACCAAACAGAAACAUGAAGUCCUCCACUGCUGCCAUUGCUGUUCUCACUGUGGCUGCUCUCUGCUACCAGGUCUCCUCAAGUUCACUUGCUGUCAGGCCCCGCGGACCCUGCUGCUACAAUUUCUUAAACAAAGCGCUUCCCCCAAGCAAGGUGGUGAUGUAUGAGUACACAGGAAGCGGGUGCCCCUACCGCGGUGUGAUAUUCACCACGGUUGAGAAGAAGACGUGCUGUGCCAAACCAGAAGAGAAGUGGGUUCAGGAUAUCCUGAACGUGGAGAAGCACAAGGACAGCAGCCAGUGAGCUGUGCUCCAAUCCCUUCCAGCAUCACAGCUGCAGCCCUCUCAUGGGCACCUCCCAUCACAGCCCUGUCACCUCCUUGCCCGUGCAUUUGGCAGACUGUUUGCAGACUGUUUUACAGACUCUGUACAUACUCUUAUUUAUUUACCUAUUUAAGUGCAUGCAAAAGCAUUUCUACUUCUUGGGGACAAACCUGUCACUGUGAUUUGUACCGGCUGUCUUUCGGUUGGC